CGAAUUGUUCGCUAUCUGUCGUUUUCCUGCUGUCUCCUUUCUUUUCUACACGUUCUCCAAACGUGUGGUUUUAGAGUGCUCUGAUUAUUAUUAUUAUUAUUAUUAUUAUUAUUAUUAUUAUUAUUAGCUUAUGAUCGAUUUAUGGUUUUUAAUGAACUUUUGUCCACAAACUGAGGAUAAGGAAACACAUUGUAGGACUCGAAAUUUCUUCCGAAUGGAUAUUAAUACCACAAAGCUGCUGUUAUUUUUUGUAUUUGGAAUUUUAGCAAAAGAGAACAUUGAAUUGAAAGUCACAUGCAGUCCUCGAGUUCUGGAGUGUAAUAAGACAGCUCUUCACCUUGAGAUGGAGGAGUGUGGAGGACGCUUCAAGACUGAUAUGGCUGAGUUAGACCCCCAGAAUUGGUGCAACUUAACACAUUUUAUUAGACAGUACCACUACUUUACAUCCUGCACAGAGAACAAUGCAGUGAAAAUCGGCUGCUUUUGGCCUCACCCAGUCGUAGAGCACUAUAUUAUCCUUAUCCACAAACAAUUUUUUUUCAACUGCACUUCAACACUCGUGGUCUGGAGUGACAAUCAAGAAGACACUUUGACCUUAACCAUAGAUAUUCUUAUCAUAGUUCCAGUCUUUCUAACACUGGCCAUGGUCACAUCAGUGGUAUGGUGCAGCAAGAAAAGAUAGUACCUAUAGGCUGAAAAUGUUAUGUAUACUAUAUACAAGACCUGUUUUACCACUUACACAUUAAACUUGGCUCUAUGAGUUUUGUAUUUGUAUUUAAAUCAUUUGACUGAUGCCUUUAACCAAAGUGACUAGCAAAUUGAGGCCUAAAUGCCUUGCUCAAGGACCCAAUACUGGCAGCUUGGUGAUACUGGGAUUUUAAUGUUACAGUGAUUUAUUAAAUAACCUUGCAUAAACCUGAACCUAAAAUUAUUACAAUUUGAAGAGAACAGAAAAUGGAUAAACCUUGAAUCUACUAAGUAUUGGCUUGAAUUUGCCAUGUAAACAGGUUCAUGGACAUGAUUAGGAUAUAGCCCUAACUGUGUACUAAAUUGUGUACUAAAUUCUGAGUAUAAAGUUUAUUUUAUGUACAGUAAAUAAAGUAUGACAGGGUGCAUGGCAAGGAAGAUAUUUAUAUUGUGAGGGACCUUAAGGCACAAACUGAAUGGAGUAAAUUAUUCCCAAUUCUGUUGCCUCAUGCCCUUAAAGAAUGUAAUAUGAAGCACUGGUCCUUCAAACUAAACUCUGAGAAGGACAUAAAAAUCUUUCCCACAAUCAGCAGUGAAACAGUGGAAAUACGCUGGCUUGAGGUACAAAAACUGUCACAAUUUCUUGAAUCAUAUAUACAUUAUUGUACCUGGUGCCAAAAUGUGAUCAUGCUGUGACAUGUUUUGAUAACUAUAUACACUAUUGUCAUAUACAUUGAAUAGAAUAGAAUAGAAAGAAGUAUAUUAUAGUGUAUGUGUGAACUGAGGGUACAACAUAAACAUAAAGAUACUCUAUAUGCACAUAGCAUAUAGCUUGUUAAUCUCUUUAUCCUUUUCUGCUCUGUCUCUUUCCCACUAACAUCAAUUUUUACCCUUUUCCCACACUCACAAGCAGACAAUCCAAACAGGAUGUGAACCCCCACUGGCCUUCCUUCCUUCCUUGUCCAUAUUACUGCAACAGAUAUGGCACAUCCACACAGACAUAUUCCCAACCCCCAGGGUUACAGGACCUAUACUAUAAAUAAAACCUCAUGACUUUAAUUAUUUUUCAGUGCAGUGAAUGACACAGCAUUUAUACUCAAUCAUUAACCAUUUAAAACAAGUCACAAUGUUUUAUGAUGAAUAUUAAGCUAAACAUUUCAAAUUUGGUCCUGGCUUUCCAAAAGAGGGGGUUCAGUGCUGUGCUCACAUUACUAUCUUACAAUAAUCUUUAUGGUACAAAAAUAUGUGCAGGGUUACAAAUACCUAAUUUGCUGAUGAAAUGUUGUUGCUCUGCUGCAUGAUGUAUAAGUUCAUUUUCUAUGAUGUAUUUUCUGUCAUACAACAUUGUACAGUGUUGGCUGAAAUGUUAGAACAAGUUGUUGCAGCAACAUGCCGUUAAUAUGAGAACCCAUUUCCAAAGUUUUUUUUUAUGCAAUAAAAGCCUCAGGCAAUAAUUUCCUAUUUAUGCAUUAAAUCCCAAACUGCUGAUUCCAAGUUUAACUUUGAAUAGCACCAAGAUAAGCUGAGCACAUAUCUUAUUAGCUUAUUUUAAAGCUGUAUUUUGCACUGUGAGAAAUAAACACAAUAUAAACACAAUUUAGUGUGAUCUGUGAUCUGUGCUCUGUUUGGACAAUCUCCUGAAGAGCAGUGCUAUCCAUCCAUCCUCUAUACCGCUUAUCCUUCCUUCGUAUCCUUCACGCUUAUCCUUGACGGGGAACCUGGAGCCUAUCCCAGGGAGCAUCAGGCAUA